CUUUCCUCUUUCUUCUAGGGCUUUAGCGAACGGCUAUGGCGGGUGAUCCGAUGGAAAUCGACGGAUUCAAGCAACAGCAAGGGCAGGCGCUUUGCAAUCCCGAGCUUUUGAGCCUCUAUUACAGGCGGAUUUUCCCUUUCGCUGAGAUGUACAAGUGGCUGUCGUAUGGCAAUGAUGGAAAGCAUCCUUCUUGCGAUUCUUCGUUUUUUGGGCGGAGAGAGUUCUCUUUCACUCUGGAGAACGACAUUUAUUUGCGGUACAUGUCUUUCCGCGAUGCGUCGGAAUUUGAAGCUACUGUGUGUGAAAAGCGUCCUCAAAAAAUUGAUAUUGGAGCGGUUUACAGUGUGGAUCCUGCCAAGCGCUUAGCGUAUGCCAGCGUUUCCAAUGAUAGAGUUUUUGCUCCCGUCGAGAAGGAAUUGGUAUUUGAUGUUGACAUGACAGACUACGACGACAUUCGAAACUGUUGUUCUGGAGCCGACAUUUGUUUGAAGUGCUGGCCGCUCAUGACAAUAGCUAUCAAAGUUGUUGAUUCGACUUUGCGAGAGGACUUCGGGUUUGAUCACAUCCUAUGGGUAUAUAGUGGACGACGAGGAGUACACUGCUGGGUGUGUGACGCACGAGCUCGUAAGCUGACUAAUGAGCAAAGAGCGUCCAUUGCUGACUACUUUCGAGUUUAUAAGGGUAACGAGAAUAACAACAGGAAGGUGUCCUUGCCUACACAUCUUCAUCCAUUUCUAGCGAGAACUUAUUCACAGUUUUUGAGUCGCUAUUUUGACGAAGAAAUCCUGAUAAAGCAGAGUUUGCUGCAUCCUCAAGAGAAUGCUGACAAGGUUCUGAAGCUGGUCUCUGGUCAAGGUAUGUCAAUGCAAUAUAUGUCUAGCGCUUAUUCCGAGCUUCCAGUUCAAUUGGAGGAGAAAAAGCGUAAUAAUAGAUUGCUCCCUGACGAGAUAAAUAGACAGCGCUGGGCAGAUUUACAGAGGAAGCUCAUGCAGAAGCGAGGUAUUCAAGUAGAGCUUGUAUUUACUUAUACGUACCCAAGACUGGACCUGGAGGUAACUAAGAAAAUGAAUCAUCUGCUAAAGGCGCCUUUCUGCAUCCAUCCAAAGACUGGACGCGUCUGCGUGCCUAUCGAUCCUGAAGACUGCGACAAUUUUGAUCCAACGACUGUCCCGACAUUGCCAGAGCUGUUCAAUGAUCUAAACAACGGCGAUGCGCGUCCAGUAUCCAAAGAUUGGGAACGCACGUCCCUUGCCAAGUCAAUUCGCUUCUUCAAGUCGUCCUUUCUCGAGCCUCUUCUCAAGGAAUGCAGAUGUCAGCUGGAAGCAAGCCAUCACAAGAAGCUGCAAGAAAUGUCGGCAAGACCAAACUUUACCUGGUAGCUUUUAAAUGAAAGCAAUGUAACCUUUCAUUCAUGGUUGUUCAUCAAUGUGUGUUUUGGAUUUAACGUUGUGAUA